AUGCUGAAGUAUGAGAUGCGUAUGAUAAACAAAACGCAUUAUGGUGACUUGCUGGGAAGAACGAAGCAGGCCUUCACAGAAAUGUGUUAUUGUCAAAAUCAGGCCUUACUGGAUCCAAACCCGAUAACAUUUGCAGCAGCGGCUGCAGCCUCAGAUAGAUGGAACAAGCUUGCGAGUAUUGAGGAAAAGUUCUUCAGACAGAAGUCUUGUGUAAGGUGGUUGGGAGCAGGGGAUCAGAAUACAGUCUUCUUUCAUCGAGCAGUUCAGACUAGGUCUUCUCGCAACACUAUCAAGAGCCUGGAGGCUGUUCAGCACUUUCAGCGAUUUCUUCAAGUCCAAGAUCAGGGUAACGAAGAAGAUUCUUACCCCUUGCUACAGGAAGUCUUGACAUAUAGAUGUGAUUUGGGUAUUGCUGCUGGCCUUGUAGCCCCGGUUACUGGAGAGGAGAUCAAAUCUGCACUUCAUGCCUUACCAAAUGACAAGGUGUCUGGACCUGAUGGAUUUACGAAGGAGUUCUUUGUUGCUGCCUGGCCAAUUGUUGGGAAGGAAUUCAUCAUCUCUGUACAAUCCUUCUUCCUUUUUGGUUUUUUGCCCACAGGAAUCAAUGCAAUGAUCCUAUCCCUCAUUCCCAAAUCAGAGGAGGCGCGGACUAUGAAGGACUAUCGUCCAAUUGCCUGCUGCAACCUCCUUUAUAAGGUCAUCUCCAAAAUACUAGCAAGGAGACUGAAAACGAUAUUUCCGGAUGCAAUUGAGCCAAACCAAACAGCGUUCAUCAAAGGAAGGUUGCUCCUUGAAAACGUCCUCUUAGCUUCAGAGCUAGUCAACGGGUAUCACAGAACUACGCUAAGCAAUAGCGCAACAAUAAAAUUUGACAUCUCCAAGGCCUUUGAUACUGUGAAGUGGUCGUUUAUCACCGCAGUUCUGAAAGCUAUGGGGCUGCCGAUACAGUUCAUUCAUUGGAUCAGGAUCUGUAUAUCUACGGCUUCGUUCUCAGUGGCCGCUGAGGCUCAGCAAUUUGGCUAUCACCCGCAAUGUCUCGAGAUGAAACUCACGCAUCUUUGCUUCGCUGACGACAUCCUAGUGUUUAUGGAUGGUUCUGCUAACUCUCUGAAAGGAGUGCUGGAGGUUAUGAAGCAGUUUGCAGAUAUCUCGGGCUUAUGUAUCAAUGUAGCAAAGUCUUCUAUCUUCGCUACAGGGCAGAGCAUAACCCCUCUGAUGAGUGAAGCUACGAGCACAGGAAUUACAGUAGGCACAUUACCGGUGAGGCCGGCUUCAGCUAAUCAAGUCUGUAAUUGCUAUAUUGUCAAUUUCUGGAGUCAAGCGUUUAUUCUCCCCAAGGCUUGUCUAGAUGAGAUAGAGAGCAUGUGUAGUGCAUUCUUGUGGUCAGGUUCUCCGAAUCAGACGCACAAAGCUAAAGUCGCUUGGGAGGAUUUGUGCUGUCCCAAAGAAGAAGGGGGCUUAGGGAUAAGGAAGCUGCGAGACUCCGCUGCUGUGUUUGCUAUGAGUUUGAUUUGGAGGCUCUUCUCUAACGCGAGUUCACUAUGGGUUUCAUGGAUUCAACGUUACUUAUUGAGACAAAAUUCCUUUUGGGAACUAAAGGAGGAUGGAAAGGGAUCGUGGAUGUGGAGAAAAUUCUUAAAACUUAGGGCGCAGGUCUACCAGUUCAUCAGAUAUGAGGUAUAUGAUGGUAAGACAGCGUUCUUUUGGUUUGAUGACUGGCUGCAGCAAGGGAAACUUAUCGAUAUAACUGGAGCAGCAGGCACUUAUCAUCUUGGCGUGGCUCGUACUGCUCGGGUGUGUGAUGCAGUCUCGCAGGAAGCUUGGAAUAUAAGAGGACAGAGAAGUCGUUUCUUCCAUGGUCUCUAUGAGCGAAUUCUCAGUAUUCCGGUCCCUCACCUCUUUCAGGGACAAGAUGUUGUGCUGUGGAAACACUCAGAUGGAGAAUAUAAACCUUAUUUUUCAUCGGCCAAGACUUGGGAGCAACUCAGAGAGAAAAGGAGCAAUGUGUUUUGGAGCAAAGGCAUUUGGUUUCCUCAAGGAGUUCCACGCUUCUCCUUCAUUGCGUGGCUUGCAGUAAGGAACCGGUUGUCAACGGGGGAUAGAAUGAGAGCUUGGGGAAUUCAUCAGAGUUGUAUGCUAUGUGGAGAACGAGAUGAGACAAGGGAUCAUGUGUUCUUUGCAUGUCCUUACUCCUUCACGGUUUGGGAUACAUUGGUGAAUCGUCUGAGUGGCCACAGGACUGACCAUGACUGGACAGUAACGCUGCAGUUUGUUUGUCGUAACAGUCUGCAUGUAGGACAAGACGCUACUGAAGAUAGCAUUUCAAAGUUGUAUAUACCAUUUAAGGAGAGGAAUGAGAGAAGACACAGCACUGGCUACCGUUCAGUAGAGCAAUUGAUCCGGCUCAUACACAAGGGGAUUCGAAAUCGGAUCACUUCUCUGAGCUACAAAGAGGAUCACAAGUUGAGGGGACUGAUGCAAAGAUGGUUUGAAGUUACAGCUUAG